AUGUGGCUGAUACCGGAGUGUGGCAGGGCAGCGUGUGAUUCACGCCUGACUGUUGCAGUUCACCCGAUGAUCCAGGUGCCCAACCAGCUCGUGGGCGCGCCCCAGGGCACUGACGUCACGCUGCACUGCCACGUGGAGGCGUCGCCGAAAGCCAUAAACUACUGGACGCGGGAAACCGCCUGCCGCCCACCACCUCCGGCCACCCCCAACCCCCUUACCGGCCCAGGUCCCCCCCCACCCGCCCACACCAAAAAAACCAAACCCUACUUGCCAAGGCCACCACCUAUCACCACCCACCCCACAUCACCAGCACCACCACCACAUAGACCACCACCACACCACGACCACCACCAACACCACUACCGCCACACCACUACCGCCACCACCACCACGCAACCACCACCACCGCACCUGCGCUGCCACCCCCCCCACCACCAAAAGGACCACCACCCCGUCGCGCUACCGUGA